AUGUCGCAUCCGAAGACCAAAAGAUCUCGCGACAUCCGAUCUCACUCUCCCGGUGAAUUAUCGUCCGUCAAGACAGGUGAAAGUUCGGCUAGACCUUCCAAGAUCACCAAAGUAGACAAUGCUCCUAAUAUAAGAUCGGUCAGGAUCAUCAAAGCACAAGAUCUACCUGAUUGUUGUAAUAUAUCGAAACUUCGAAUCUUAAAACAAUCAAUACCUCACGAAUGGAUCAAAGAAGGAUUCAGUAUUGAUCCUAAACAUGUAGAUGUUACUGCUCCAUACCCGGUACCUGAACAAUCUGUAUCCGCUAGAGUUUACGAUUUUUUAGAUCCAUCUUUGACAAGUCCAGUGUUAUGGCCAACAAAUUCAGAAUAUUUCCCAUUUCUAAAACCUAUAGAUAUGUUAACAGAAAGACUCAAGAAUUGCGUUCAGAGACUCACAUAUUCACCUUUUGGUUAUUCACAAGAUUAUCAAGGUAACCCUGUUCAGAUGAGCUAUUUAGAUCCCGAAGGGAUUAUGAAAUUACCAUCUUCUAUAUCUUUGGAUGUCAGAUCAAAAGGGAAAGGUAAAGAGAAACCUGUAGGACCAAUGUAUUUACCACCAUUUGCCUACGAUACUUUACCACCAAAAUAUAUCCCUUCAAUAAAAGAAUGGGUAGUACCAACUGGACCGUGUUUACCAUGUAUAUUAAGUAAAAAGAAAUGCUUAUGGAAUUUGACUUUCAGAAAUAAAGUCACAGGUGAAGAUGAAAAAUGGAAUAACGCCAAGUUGUACUUACGGUUCAAAUCUAAUAAACCAGGCUAUAUGAAUAGAGAAACCCCUAAAGAUUAUGGAGAUUUGAUCUGGGUAGAUAGUAGUCAAGCUAUCAUAAGACCAGAUUCUUCAAAAUUAAUAGUAACAUCAACGACAACUACUCAUCUUCCUGAAACCAAACAAAGCAGUGAAACUCGAGUUUCAAUUCCCAAGACAGACAGACCACUACCUGACAAAGAAGAUGUUGUGCCUCCCGAUGAAUACCCAUCGAACAAGGGACAUAGCACGGUAAAUCCUGCUACUACUACAACUUCAAGCACACCGCCUCUAAUUUCUAACCACGAUCCGACUACAUACCUUACACCCCAGGAAUCCGGUUAUGAGGAUGUACCGUACGAAACUACUUACGAUGAUGAAUCUGUAAUCGACGAUUCAAUUCCCGAUCCUGGUCAUUAUACCUCUCAUGAACGUACACAUACCGCUGGUGUUCUCGAUGAUUUCUCGGACGAUGAACACUUCCCCUUCGAAGAAACAGGUGUGGUAAUCAAAGAUCGAGGAGUCGAUAUUUCUCCAGAAGAUGCAGGAGUUUCAGUACCAACAUCUGGAUCAUCAUUCCUAUUGCCUUUACAAUCAUCAUCAAAAUCAACAGAGGGUGAAGAUGGCUCGAAUAACUCAGUGCCUGAAGAUACAACUCAAUUUAAUUCUGAUGAUAGAACAAGGAAAUAUGACAUACGUUCAGCCGCAUCAUCUGAAGAAGCUCGACCAUAUGUUACUUUUACAUCACCACGUGUAUGGAAGCGCCCUCUGGAGCGCGAAUCCCAGACUGAACUUGGUAUAACGACCGUUAUCAUUCCAGAAUCUAUUGAAAAUAGUGAUCCCGGUGAUUAUCUUCGUGUAGUAGCAGGUGUUAUGUUGGACGAAGCUGCUAAGGAGAAUGAGCCUCUACCAUCGGCAUCUACAACUUUUGCUGAACCUACUCAUACCGGAACAACACCACAGAUCACGAAGAAGGUCAAAAGUGAAGAAAUCCACAUUUUAUACAAUCUUAUCACCGGUACAGCAACAUCAUUCGGUGGUGGUGCUCGAUUAUUAUUGGAAUCAAACGAGAUAAAUGCAUUUACAACUGCUUAUCGGGCACUGCAAGUUGUAUAUCAGACUGAAUUUACAAAAGUCACCGAAUUAGCAAAGGCGGGCGAGCCACCCUUCAGCGCUAAGAAAGGUCAGAAACGUGAAUGUCAAAAGAUUGUAGGGCCUUCAGGUCAAUAUGUAGAAGAUUCAGGUUCAAGCAUCUCGAUUUCAGCUUCAUUUUUAUCUUCACGCUCAAUAGCUUCAGCUUCAACACCUCACCGUGCAAAAUCACCAUUAGUAACAAUGUCAUCAGGUAUCACUAGUAGUGCAGAUCAGCAAAAGGUUAAGAAAUAUCGACGUGGAGAUAGUACGGAUGCCGCUGUUGCAGCUAUAAAUCUUAAGUUCGUCACUUUCUGGAUAUGUGGAUCUACAUAUCUUAAAGACCACCCAUCCGAUAGAAGAGAACCGAUCGAAAAUAUGAGAGAAUAUAUUAAGACUUCAUUAUUACCUAAAGCUUCUUCAUAUAGUGAUUCAGUUGGUUUAUCAUCAGAAUGGGGUGAGCAUAAGAUUACAACUAUAAAGGGAUUACAAGAAUUGAUUAUUCAUAUUUGUUGGAGUUCUGGGUUAUUGUAG